GGGAGAUGGAGAAACUUCACAGCUGUUGGGUGAGGAGGAGGAGCAGGAGAGAGAGGGAAGGCCAGCAUUCGUGGCACUGAGGAAUUGGUCCGGGGCACAUCCCCCUUGGACUCACCUAAAAGACGCCUCUGCUACCCGACUUCCACCAGAGACUAAGAGGAUGAAGAACCCGGCGACUUCUUUUCUGCUCCUAGCCACUGUCUUCUUCGCCUGGUCUGAGCCUUCUCCCAGAAGUCGUCCCACGAAAUCCUGCUGCUUCUACUUAGCAAGAGAUCCAGUUCCAACGUCGGCAGUGAAAACAUAUUCCUACAACCGGGAGCUAUGCGGGAAGGUAGUUAUCAUAUUCCAUUUGACUGAAGAGAGGCACGUCUGUGCCAACCCCAAAGAGAGAUGGGUCCAGUCUAUCAUCCCUGGCCUACACGAGAGUGACCAUGAAUUAUUCCACCCUCAUCCAACACCAGAAGGGAAGAAGAAGGAUACAAACACCACGAUCAGCAAGUGGCGUCGUCCCACGAAAUCCUGUUGCUACUUCUUAGCAAGAGUUCCAGUUCCAACGUCGGCAGUGAAAACAUAUUCCUACAACCGGGAGUUAUGCGGGGAGGUAGUUAUCAUAUUCCAUAUGGCUGAAGGGAGGCACGUCUGUGCCAACCCCAAAGAGAGAUGGGUCCAGUCUAUCAUCCCUGGCCUCCAGGAGAGCGACCCCAAAUCAUUCCACCCUCAUCCAGCACCAGAAGAGAAGAGUCGUCCCACGAAAUCCUGCUGCUUCUACUUAGCAAGAGAUCCAGUUCCAACGUCGGCAGUGAAAACAUAUUCCUACAACCGGGAGCUAUGCGGGAAGGUAGUUAUCAUAUUCCACUUGACUGAAGAGAGGCACGUCUGUGCCAACCCCAGAGAGAGAUGGGUCCAGUCUAUCAUCCCUGGCCUACACGAGAGCGACCAUGAAUUAUUCCACCUUCAUCCAGCACCAGAAGGGAAGAAGAAGGACGCACACGCCACGAUCAGAAAGUGGAGUAAAAAGAAAAAUGACUACUUUCCCUGACCACAGCAUAUCCAUACUCCUGCCCCCCGUGCCCCCCGCCGGCUGAAAAAUCAGUAAAAGGGGCAUGCUUUCUUCAAAAGUGUUCAUGAAAAGUGUCCAAACGCAAGUUUAAAAAAAUAAAAUUAAAU